UGUGAGGAGCGAUGGCUUUCUUUCAGUGGUGUUAAACGCUGUUUUCACUUCCACCUUGUAAUUAUGGAGUUAGGAAAUCCAGCAGCAGCGGCUGACGCUGGAGGGCAGCAUGUGAAAGAUGAAUUGUCUGAUAAGUGUCAAAAACUUUUCUUGGAGUUCUUGGAAGAAUACAAAUGCAAAGAUGUUGGAGAGCUCUAUACGGCUGCCGCUGAAGAGUUACUUCGACCAGAAAGAAACACAUUGGUGGUAAAUUUCACCGAUAUUGAAUAUUAUAAUCAGCAACUUGCUACCACCAUCCAGGAAGAAUACUACAGAGUGUAUGUUCACCUAUGCCGGGCCGUUCGGAACUUUGUCAGACAAUUGGGAAACUUUCCAGCAAACAAAGAGUUCUAUGUGGCAUUUUCAGAUUUCCCUGCACGACAAAAGAUACGUGAACUUUGUUCUCUUAAAAUUGGGACUUUGCUUCGCAUUAGUGGGCAAGUUGUGAGGACACAUCCUGUCCACCCUGAACUUGUCAGUGGUACAUUCCUUUGUAUGGACUGCCAGUCUGUAGUCAAAGAUGUGGAACAACAGUUCAAAUAUACACAGCCAACAAUAUGUAAAAAUCCUGUCUGUGCCAACCGCCGAAGGUUCACAUUGGACACCAACAAGUCUCGCUUUGUAGACUUUCAGAAGGUAAGAAUUCAGGAGACCCAGGCAGAACUGCCUCGUGGUGCCAUACCACGCAGUGUGGAAAUUAUUCUCCGUGCAGAAGCUGUUGAAACUGCAAUGGCAGGGGAUCGAUGUGAUUUCACGGGUACAUUGAUAGUUGUACCAGAUGUGUCUGCUCUGUCUAGUGGAGAUGCACGCAUGGAGACUGGAGCUAAAGUAACAGGUGGUGAAGGAUUUAAUGCUGAAGGAGUUCAGGGUCUAAAAGCUUUGGGAGUCAGAGAUUUGUCAUACAGAUUGGCCUUUUUAGCAUGUCAUGUGGGUGCUACAAAUCCACGGUUUGGAGGCAAAGACUUGAGGGAGGAAGAUCAAACUGCUGAGAGCAUAAAGAAUCAAAUGACUGUACAAGAAUGGGAAAAAGUAUUUGAGAUGAGCCAAGACAAAAAUCUGUACUACAACUUAUGCACAAGCCUAUUCCCAACAAUACAUGGUAAUGAUGAAAUUAAAAGAGGUGUUCUGCUAAUGCUAUUUGGAGGUGUGCCUAAAACAACAAUGGAAGGCACUUCUUUGAGAGGAGAUAUAAAUGUUUGUAUUAUAGGAGAUCCAAGUACAUCUAAAAGUCAGUUUCUAAAACAUGUGGAAGAAUUCAGCCCUCGAGCCGUGUAUACUAGUGGAAAAGCUAGCAGUGCUGCAGGUUUAACUGCUGCCGUUGUAAAGGAUGAAGAAUCACAUGAGUUUGUGAUUGAAGCAGGAGCUUUAAUGCUUGCAGAUAAUGGGGUUUGUUGCAUUGAUGAGUUUGACAAGAUGGAUCUGAAAGAUCAAGUAGCUAUUCAUGAAGCAAUGGAACAGCAAACUAUAUCAAUCACCAAAGCUGGUGUGAAGGCCACAUUAAAUGCCCGUACAUCCAUCUUAGCAGCGGCAAAUCCUGUCGGUGGAAGAUAUGAACGCUCAAAGUCAUUGAAGCAUAAUAUAAAUCUUUCAGCUCCAAUAAUGUCAAGAUUUGACCUUUUCUUCAUUUUAGUGGAUGAAUGCAAUGAGGUAACAGAUUAUGCAAUAGCACGGAGAAUAGUUGACUUGCAUGCACGAAAUGAGGAGUCUAUAGAAAGAGUUUAUUCAAUUGAAGAUAUUCAGAGAUACUUGCUGUUUGCCCGUCAGUUCCAGCCAAAAAUUACCAAGGAAGCAGAAGAAUUCAUGGUUGAGCAAUACCGUCGACUUAGACAGCGGGAUGGAAGUGGAGUAACAAAAUCUGCAUGGAGAAUCACCGUCAGACAGCUUGAAAGUAUGAUCAGGUUAUCUGAAAGCAUGGCUCGCAUGCACUGCUCAGACGAGGUUCAACCAAAGCAUGUAAAAGAAGCUUUCAGACUGCUGAACAAAUCAAUUAUUCGAGUGGAUACACCUGAUGUCAGUUUUGAUCAAGGUGAAGAUGAAAAGAUUGUGGAAGAAGAGAAUGGAAAUCCUGAUGGUAGUAACAAAGAAGCUGCAAUGGAAACAGAGGAUGGAGAAACAAAGGAAAAAUCUGUGUCUAGUGCUACAUUAAAAAUGUCUUUUGCAGAGUAUAAGCAAAUCUCCAACUUACUUGUGCUCCACAUGCAAAAAAUUGAAGAAUCGGAAGACGACUCUGGACUAACAAAAAGUGACCUGAUUAAUUGGUAUCUUAAAGAAAUUGAAAGUGAUAUUGAGACUGAAACUGAAUUAAUUCUGCGAAAAAGUUUAAUAGAAAAAGUUAUUGACAGACUAAUACAUUAUGAUUGUAUACUGAUAGAACUGAACGAAGCUGACCUAAAACAAAUAGAUGGUAAAGAAGACGACGAAAAAUCUACAUUGGAGAAUUGUAUUUUAGUGGUCAAUCCAAAUUAUGUUUUAGAAGAUUAAAACCAAAAUUUGGAUGGUUUAGAUGGUAUGCAGCAAAACUUAAUAUGUGAAUUUUUAUUAUACUUUUCUAAUAAGCAAUAUUUGAAAUAAAGCAAUAUUUAAAUUUG